AUGAAGUUAGACGUUGUGAAACAAUUAUUAACCAGAACCGAUAGGGUCAAGGGAAUUGAUUUCCAUCCUACUGAACCAUGGGUGUUAACCACAUUAUAUAAUGGGAAGAUUGAAAUAUGGUCAUAUGCCACCAAUUCUAUUAUAAAAUCUAUCCAAGUGACAGAAAUGCCUGUUAGAACUGGUAAAUUCAUUGCUAGAAAGAGUUGGGUUGUUGUUGGAUCUGAUGAUUUUCAAAUUAGAGUGUAUAAUUAUAAUACUGGAGAGAAAAUUACCCAAUUUGAAGCUCAUCCUGAUUAUAUUAGAAGUAUUGCUGUUCACCCUUCCAAACCUUAUAUUUUAACAUCUUCUGAUGAUUUGACCAUCAAAUUAUGGAAUUGGGAACAAUCUUGGAGAUUAGAACAAACAUUUGAAGGCCAUCAACAUUAUGUUAUGAGUGUAAACUUUAACCCAAAAGAUCCAAAUACUUUUGCAUCUGCUUGUUUAGAUAGAACAGUUAAAAUUUGGUCGUUAGGUUCUUCCCAACCAAACUUCACUCUAAUGGCUCAUGAAUCUAAAGGAGUUAAUUAUGUUGAUUAUUAUCCACAAGCUGAUAAACCAUAUUUAAUAACUUCUUCAGAUGAUAAAACCAUUAAGAUCUGGGAUUACCAAACAAAAUCAUGUGUUGCUACCUUGGAAGGUCACUUAUCAAAUGUUUCAUUUGCAGUUUUCCAUCCUGAUUUACCAUUAAUUAUUUCUGGUUCUGAAGAUGGUACUGUUAAACUUUGGAAUUCAAACACUUUUAAAAAUGAAAAGUCAAUGAAUUAUGGUUUAGAACGUGUUUGGUGUUGUGGAAUUUUAAGUAAAUCUAAUUUAUUGGCAAUUGGGUGCGAUUCAGGUUUUGUUAUUGUCAAAUUAGGUAACGAAGAACCACUUUUUUCAAUGGAUUCUAAUAGUAAAUUACUCACAGCUAAGAAUUCUGAAAUAUUUCAAACAAUUAUUAAGCCAAAUGCAACAGAAGGCUUAAAAGAUGGUGAAUCAAUUUCUGUUCAACAAAGAGAAUUGGGUACAAUUGAAAUUUUUGCACAAUCAUUGUCACACUCCCCUAAUGGUAGAUAUGCUGCCAUUUGUGGUGAUGGGGAAUACGUUGUAUACACUGCCUUAGCAUGGAGAUCUAAAGCGUAUGGUAAUGCUCUUGAUUUUGUGUGGAAUUCCCAUGAUUUAUCAAACAAUUGCACUUACGCCAUUAGAGAAUCAUCAAGUUCUGUGAAAAUUCAUAAGAACUUUCAAGAAUAUCUUACUAUCGAUUUAAUUUAUCAUGCCACCAAAAUUUUUGCCGGUAGAUUAUUGGGUGUUAAGCUGGAUGGCUGUAUUACCUUUUACGAUUGGGAGACAGGUCUUUUGGUAAGAAGAGUUGAUUUGGAUGAUGACAUACAAGAUGUUGUAUGGUCUGAUAACGGUGAAUUAGUUGCUAUUGUCACUACUGCUAGUGAAGGUUCUGCAGCUACUUCAACAAACGAAAACACAUACUUUUUGUCAUAUGAUGAAUCCACAUUUCAAACAGCUUAUGAAGAAGAUGCGCUUGAUCCAGAAGAGGGUGCUGAUGCAUCUUUCAGCGUGUUGGACACGUUAACAAUUUCAGAAGCAAUUUUAUCAAGUAAAUUCAUUGGAGAUGUUUUUGUAUAUACAACUACUUCUUCAAACAGAUUGAAUUAUUACGUUGGGGGUGAAGUGAUUAAUUUGGGUCACUUUGAUCACAAAUUUUACCUUGCUGGAUACAAGGCAGGAGAAGGAAAAUUGUACUUGGUUGAUAAAUCAUUUGAUGUUGUUUCCUGGUUUAUCAAUUCUGGAGUUUUGGAAUUACAAACUUUAGUCAUGCGUGGUGAUUUGGAACAAUUUGCAACUGACACAGAUGUUGAUGAAGAAGGUAACAGUAUUCCAAACUUAGCCACCGUCACAUUGGAAAGUUUACCAGAAGAUUAUUCUAAACUUUUAUCUGGUUUCAGUAAGACUGAAUUGAACCAAUUAUCACGUUUCUUUGAAAAGUUAGGUUAUCUUUCUGUAUCAUUUUCCUUAUCGCAAGAUUUUGAUACAAGGUUUCAAAUUUCUGUUCAACAGGGUAACUUGGAACAAUCAUAUAAAUUAUUAAUGGGAUAUCAAGAAGAAAAUCCAUCUAGUGCAGUUUCAAAUGGUCAAAAAUGGAAGAAAUUGGGAGAUUUAUCUUUGAAGAAAUGGAACGUGAAGUUGGCACAGAAAUGUUAUUGGGAAGGAAAUGACUAUUCAUCAUUACUAUUAUUAUUUUCAUCUACCAAUGAUAAGACAGAAUUAAUCAAAUUAGCUGAGGCAACAGAAGCUGUUGGUAGAUAUAAUAUUGCAUGGCAAGCAUGGUGGAUUGCCGGUGAAAAGGAUAAAUGUUUGAAGUUAUUGGUUACCAGUGAAAGGUAUACUGAAGCAGCCAUUUUUGGUAUGAAUUAUCACGGAGAUGCUCGAGUUAUCAAAUCCGCAAUUGACCAAUGGAAACAAAAAUUGGUCACAAAUAAGAAGACAAAAACAAGUGAUAGAUUGAUAGAUCCAUUCCAUGGAUUAACUCUAGAAGAAUCCCAAAAGGAAGAGGAACCAACUGUGGUACCUAUUACAAAAGCAGUUUUACAGCCUGAAUCUGCACCAGUUACAGCUCCGGCUACUGCUCCAGCUCCUGUUACAAUACCAACAGAUUCUUUAAUUGAUCUUGAUGGACCUAUUUCAAAGGAAGUGUCAUCAGAGGAGUACCCCAACUACAGAAAUCACGAACAAGACAUAAUGGAAGAUGAACUCUUAGAAGACGAUGUUGCAUAUGAAGAUGAUGAAGAUGAUGAAGAUGAUGAAGAUGAUGACUUAUUAUUAGAUGCUGAAUCUUAA